AGGGUGUUCUGUACUGUACUGUGCCUCAGAGGCUAAACAGCCAUGUACAAAAGCAGUUACUCCCAGGCCAAGUUUGGCUUGGAGGCCAGGAGGAAGAUCCAGAAGCCCAGAGGGAAGAGCUGUGGCUACUACAUGAGGGUUGUCUUCUUCUUCUCCUCUCUGAUCCAGUCACUCAUCAUCAUCAGCCUGGUGCUCUUCCUGGUCUACGGGAGCUCCCCAGACACGGCGGCCGAGAGCCGGGUCAAGGACCUGGAGAAGAGCUUCAACCACCUCUCCAUUGACAACAUCAACCUCCGGCAGCAGGGAAAGAACCUGACGAAGCUCCUGAACGCCACCCUGACUGACAAGAUGCGCAACGACAAAUAUAUGAUGAGUCUGCGUCAGGUGGCAAACGGGUCUGGCAUGUUCAUCGCCAAUCUCAAAGGACUAGUGACUCAGUGUGAAAAUGAUAAGGGAAGAUGUCAGAUUCAACUUAGAAUGAGCCAAUGCUUCAGGGCCAUGCCCCCAAAUGAAAACCAGGUCCAGCAGCUGGAGCAGUUGCUAAAGCUAGUGAGCUCCAACUUCAGUCAGACGGUGCAGUUCAUGAGGAUGGAGAUGGAGAACACAGCCAUGGACCGGGACACCCUGACCCUGGAGGCCAUCUCCCUCCGGAGGGACAAGACCUUCCUGCAGAGACAACUGGAGGGCUACAGGAAGAAGUGCAAGGAGGACUUUGUCCAAUCCCUGGCCGGCAUCUCCGACGUCUCUAAAGCCUUCCUGUUGAAGAUCGACAACCUUCUGCCCAAUGUCAGCCCCUUCCUGCUCACCUGCGAGAAGCAGCUCCACCACCUGGACCAGAUCCGCAACAACUGCACCGGUCUGUCCCGUGAGGUGGAGAACAAGUUCCAGCAAUACCUGAACAAGGUGGGCUCUCAGAUGUCGGAGAUUGAGGGUUGCAGUGCCAGGCUGCAGGCAGAUAAAGACCAGCUGAAGGAGGUCUACGACUGGUGCAGUUACAACAGCAGUGCCAUGGCCCUGGAGCACCGAGAGAAGCUUCAGAAGACCCAGGAGAAAUACGACCGAGAGACGGAGAGGCUGCUGGUGGAUAGCAGAAGGCUGCAGGGGGACAAGGAGCUACAGGAGACGGUGAUGAAGGUGAAGGAGGGCGAGAUCGGCAUUCUCAAGGACAAGAUGAAUAACCUCAACACCUCACUGGUCAACUGUGGCUCCAGGACCAGAAUGGGUAACCCAGGAAUGUCCGGACCAAAUCAGAGUGGACCCUGGAGUAGCAGGCAUGGGAUGGGUGACCCUGGCUCAACUGGGAAUGGAUUUGGCAGGGCAGGGUCAAGCUCAAGAGGGUUUGAGUCCACUGGGAUGGGUUCAAAUCCAUUCGGUAGUGCAGGGGCAGGUGGGACAGGGACAGGUAACAAGCCAGGCUCAACUAACCAAUUUGGUAAUACAGGAAUGGGAAGGACAGGGUCAAGUUCAAGUUCUACUGCAUUGGGUUCGUUAGGGCCAGGUAAAGUGUGGGCAGGUCGAACAGGGACAGGUGCGACAGGAGAGUUGGGUGCAAUGGGUUACGCAGGGAUGGGUGAGGCAGGGUCGAGUGCAACAGGGCAGGGCAACAGGGGGCCAACCGAAAUGGGUUUGGAGGCUACAGGUGGGUGGGGUUCCACAGGAAUGGGUAACACAGGGAUGGGCGGGGAAGGGUCUAGUGUAACAGGGCAAGGUAAAAGGGGGUCAACUGCUGGAACAGAAUUGGGUGCUGGAACUGGUGAGUGGGGUGCUCCUGCAACAGGAAACGGCAACACAGGACUGGGUAGGUCCGGGUCAAGUGCUUCGUCAUCAUCAGGCGCCACAAGGAUGAACGGUUCAGGAAUGGACAGCUCGAAAGGUUUAGCACAUAUCAAUCAACACUUACGAGAACUGCAGCAGUAUUCUAAUGCCGACUCCGGCUCAGAAGUCUCUGGGUAAUCCAUGAAAUUUCAGAGGAAAAUGGAGGAAAACCUAUAAAACCCAGUCUCCUCAUAUUGAGUUCUGGUUUGUCAAUAUACAGUACCAGUCAAAAGUUCACCUACUCAUUCCAGGGGUUUUCUUUAUUUUUUUUUUACUAUUUUCU